UUUAUUCACAAACACGCGUACUUCAACUUUUACUCGGCGGAGAAGGGUCGCACAGGCUUCAAGUUAGUCAGCUAAAGAAAAGAUUCGUAUGUGUUUCCAGUACAUCACAAACAGGUACAGUGAGCUGUCACAUGAAGACAUACACCUUUGUCUGUUAACUGAAGGAAAAUCAAGAAACGUGUCCACUCGUGAACAAUGGCAGCCUACACGACAAUCACCGGGGCCUUGCAGCUUCAUGCUAAGCACAUACCACAGCGUCCGGCAUUCAUCUUCCAUGACUGCCAGGGUGGUCGCCAGGUCCUCACCUACGAGCUCAUCUAUCGUCUUGGUGGACGGUGGGCCGCUGUACUCAAGGCAUCGGGCUUGGGGCGUGGUCACUUCAUCCUCAACACGCUGCCCAACUCUCCCGAGAGAGCUGUGUGCGAGACGGGCAUCCUGCUGUCGGGGGCCGUCUCCGUCAACGGUCAGUGUCAGCUGGCAGACGGCUCCGACAUCCUACACGGACUGCAGAAAUCUCAAGCCACAGCUAUCGUCCUCGACCCUGACGUCCACAACAGCCCCUGGAAUCCGCUCAGGACCCACCUGGAACUCAUCGGCCAAAACGAUGUCGCUUGUGAGAAGCUCCCGAGUCUCAGGAAAGUCUUCUUUAUUCGGCGACGUGAAAAGGGCAGCGACGACGACUUUCUGAGUCACCUGGAAAAUCUUGACGAUUGGUUCUACGACGACAGUAUCAGUGUGGAUGACAUCUGCGGGGUCUUCACCACCUCUGGCAGCACUGGCUUCUCUAAGCUCGUCGUCAAAACGCACGGCGACAUAGCACAUUUCGUAAAGAAGUAUGAGUCUGACAGCUAUGAAAUUCCAGAACCUUUAAUACGAUUCGUUAUUUCUCCCUUUGGCUGGGUAGGAGGAUUUGUGGGAUCCAUGUUUAUCGCAGGGACCACCCGAGUUCUUUUCGAUAUGAGAAUUGGGAUACCUGACGAUAUAGCUGAACUUAUAUAUCGAACGAUACAAGAAGAAAGAUGUGAUACUUGUUUCAUUUCACCAAUAUAUUUUCUUCAAAUUUUUAAUAAAAGAAGAGCGUUGUUGGAAGAACAAAAGAAACAGCGCUAUGAACGUUCUGUUUUCGACAGCGACUGGAAAUUAAAAGAGCUCUUUCUAGGUGGGCAGCCGAUAACUAAACAAAUCAUGGAAGCAGCUUCAGCUUUUUCUGACAAAAUUAAGGUCGGUUAUGGAGGAACCGACAUUGGAAUGAUAUCAUUCCUCGACGUAGAUGACAUAAACAAGUAUAACGACUUCGACUGCGGUUCUCCUGCUCCAGGGGUAGAGAUAAAGAUCGUCAACACUGAAGACGAGGGUACAAUCAUGCCAACUGGAGAACGUGGCCUUAUUUUGGUCAAGCACAUGGAUACAGUUAUUAGUUACCUCAAUGACCCUGAUGCCACAAAAGCACUCUAUACCUCAGAUGGCUUCAUUCGAACAGGUGACAUAGGGAAGCUCACCUAUGAUGGUCAUCUCAUUGUGGAAGGUCGAGGCAGCGACGCCAUUUCUCGUGGUAUGUAUAUUUUCUACCCUGGGUGGCUGGAAACUCGAAUUCGUCGGUGUCCCGGAGUGGUGGACGUGGCGGUGGUAGGUGUGCCGGAUCCCGUGGUCGGCGAAGAGCUCUGCGCGUGCUUGUUGCUGGAGUCGGACGACAUCACCGUGCAGUCGGUACGAGAGUUUGUAGAGAAGGACAUCGUGACCUCCAUCGAUGACCCACUUUCACCGAGACCGAGAUUUUACUUUAAGUUUGACUCGUUUCCCUUGACGAGCACAGACAAGACGUAUCGUCGUGUUAUCAGAGACGAGGCAACUGCUCGUGUUUCAAAUAAAGAUGAAAUUCAAUUACACAGCGCAUCUUAGAGUCACAGACACGCGCACUUUAACGCCUUUGCUUAUUCAUAUAUUCCUACUCUUAUAACAAAGUUUUCUCUCUUUUUCUCUCUUUUUUACACACACACACCUAAAGAGAGACUUUUGGAGACUAGCAUAUUAGUAGUUUAAACACAUUUACACACACAUAUAUAUUCGCAUAAAGACAACACUUAUUUCCUUACUAAAUAGACUUAACUUAAGCUUUUUGUUUGUGAUAAUCUAGGAGUUGUAUGGCAAUAAUUAUUGUUAUUACUGAUUAGAAAGUGACACGAGGAUUUUCGAUUAUUGUUGGUGUUAUUUUCGUGAAAAGUAUAUUAAAUAGAAAUAGUAACUUGCAGCGUAAGCAGUAAUAAUGGUGACAUAGAUAGAAGAAAAGAAAAUCCAGCUGUUUUCUACAGUUUGCCAGUGGCAAUUGUUACAUGUAAGCAGAAACAGUUCAGCAGUAAGCAAAGACAAUUCAUCUAUGACCAUUGAAGUUACCGAUCCUGACCAUGAGAGUUCUCUGUUCUCUGCGUUUUUGCACGUCUUCAUUAUUUUUCUACAAUGAUAUUGAUAUUAAAGAUGAAAUAUAGAACCUAAA